UCCUCAACCAUUUGAACCAUUUGCACUACUAGAAAAACCGGACUUUCAAGGACAUGCAGAGAGAAAUGCGCUAGGUAUGAGGGUUUUCGCUACGUUGGGCAUUUGGCCUACUCGACUAAAAGAAAGUGCAAGUUCUUUAUUGAUUCCUGGAUUUUUAAAUCUUAAACCAGCUCUGAGUGUACGGUUUUUCUCUGUGGACCUCAACGGAGAUGAUGAUAAGCCAGUUGAUAUUCCGGAUCCGUAUCGUAAAACGAGGAAGAAAUGUUUUAUUUGUGAAAAAAACAUUCCUCUAGACUACAAGAAUGUUCGUUUGUUAUCACAAUUCGUUUCUCCUUAUACUGGCCGUAUCUACGGGCGACACAUUACAGGAAUGUGUAUUCCUAUGCAAAAAAGAAUAUCCAAGUUAAUCAUAAGGUCUAGACAAUUCGGUUUCAUGCCUUUCGAAAGCAAAGAAAGUGUGUUCAUUUCUGACCCUAGGAUUUCUUUUCGCACAAGAUGAGAUAUUCCCGCAUGUACAGAACCGUUUUUAGAAUACACUUUUGAAAUUAGAUUUUUAGCCUUGCUUUUUACUUUCUAAUGUCAUUCAUAAGCUGCAAUGCUCAACUCAACUCCUCCCUUUUGCCCCUCGUGGAGGAGCAUAGGCCACCCAACUCUGUUCUGGGCAGUCCUUCCGGGUUACUACUCACUCUUUUGAUGUCAGUUACCAGUUCCCGACGCCAUUUGUUCCUUGGUCUUCAUUCUCCCUUCAGAAUUGCAAGUUAGCACUUGCCUCAUAAUGUAAUGUGAUGAUUUCCACAAUAUGUAUCCUGUUCACCUGCAACGUCUUUUCUUGAUUCCCUUCUUAGAUUAAGGCUGACUUGUUCUCCAUAACAGUGAGUUAUUACUGAUGGUUGCUGGUCAACGGAUACUGAGUAUCUUGCGUAGACAGUUGUUUAUAAAUACUUGUACGUUUUUAAUGAUGGUUGUGAUAGUUCUUCCAGUUUCAGCACCGUACAGUAAAAAUAUCUUGACGUUCUUAUUAAAAAUUACAAUUUAGAUGUUGACUGACAGUUGUUUUGAGUUCCAUAUUUUCUUCAGUUGUAGGAAUGCUGUCUCUGCUGUACAUUAAGUCCUCUUUCGUUGUCGAUGAUGCCGAACAAGUGCGUGAAAGUUUCCACGUCUUCCAGAUUUUCUCCAUCGACUGUGACCGGGUCGGUGUUCUCCGUGUUGUAUUUGGGGAUGUUGCUUUUUCGUUUGUGUAUGUUGAGGCUUACUGCUUCAGAGGCUUCUGCUACACUAGUUGUCUCCAUCUGCAUUUGUUAGUGUGUAUGGGAUAGAAGGGCCGGGUCAUCUGCCAAAUCGAAUCAAUCUAGUUGCAUGCAAGCUGUUCGUUGUAUUCCGUGCUUCCCCUGAGACGUGGAGGUCUUCAUAACCCAGUCGACCACUAGAAAAAAGAGAAAGGGAUAGAUUAAGCAACCUUGUCUGACUCCGUUCUCCACUUGAGGUGCAUCUGUCAGCUGUCCUCCAUACACGACUUUUCAGUGUAGUCCAUCGCAUGAAUUCCAUGUAAAGUUAAUGAUCCUCUCAAGUACACCAUAGUGUUGAAGACGGUUCCAUAAGGUCCUCCUACCCACUCUGUUAAACUCCUCAUAGUCAAUGGAGUUGAUGUAUAGUGACGAGCUCCAUUCAAUUGAUUGUUCCACGAUGAUCCGUAGUGUCGCGAUUUGGUCUGUGCACAACCGAUCCUUACGGGGUCUGGUUUGUCGAUCUCAAACUUGGGCGUCUACUGAACCUUCCUUCUAGUUCAUCAAUAAGCUGUAAUAGUCUGACGAAUACAGUAAUCUUAAGUGCUGUUAGAGGUAUGAGGGCGGGUUUCACUUCCCGGUUGCCCACACUGUGGAUGGGUUCUUCUAGAGGUAAAUGAAAAGAAAAUUGGGUUGGGCGUGGUUCUAGUGACAUGAGAGAAUGAUCGCAGUGCCCAAGGGACAACUGCUUGAGGCUGGUCACACACGACCUUUUUGUGAGUGGUUUUCGUGUUAGCUCCGUACUUGUUGCAACCUUACCACCGGAGACGGAAAUCCGUGGGGUAAGGUGAGGUCUGCACUUUUACGGCCAACUUUUUCCAACCCCACCCUUCCUUGUGGGAAGGCAGCAUCAGUUACUGUUGUUGAUUCGGUCUUACCGUGAUAGGUACUUUAUAGUGAACCUUAGAUAAUAGCUAUAGUCAGGUAGAUUUGCUUCAGCCGACUGGUAUCCCUGGUGAUACUGUCUUCUCAUCUUGUAUAAUACUAGGAACACGCAUUAAAGGCGCUAAGCCUCUCUCAAAAACACUCAGUUUCAUCAGAAAACUAGCACUUUUUCUAAACGUUUGUGGGGGGCUUCAAGUGAACAUAAAUGUCACUCAAAGUAGUUCUCUGUGAAAAAUAUAAUCUUUCAUAGUUCAAACAACCGAGAACUAUUAACCCAAACUAUUGCGCAAGGACGUAAAGACCUUUUUCUGCUCCGAAAUGGCCUUUCAUAAAUUUUUUAGAUCAAGUUCAAUUUAAAGAUAGAUUGCAUUAUUAAAAUUAACUAUGGAUGAUGUCGUAAACUGUAAUAAGAACGUCACAGUUACUAUAAAGAGUGAAUAGUGAAUCGUUCGUACUUCAGGUGUAGUGUGUUUAGAGUAGUUUGUCAGCCCCUUAACGAGUUGUAAAGUAGCUAAAACGUACCUGCGAAAUGGUGGUUUAGUGGUUAAACGAUUUGGUUUUCAGCUACUAACACGUUCAAAGUCUGCUCCAUCUCAGCUGACGCAACCAAAUAGUAUCACUAGCCGUCGUACGAAAAUUUUGGUCCAAAGACGAGUACACAAAUGUGUAUCUAGUACAGGAUUAACGUUAAAUUACAUUUAAGAAGCACUUGUUUUAUGUUCGAAAUAAUAAUUUUAAGAUAAUAUUGUACGGUCAACUACUAAUAUAACCUUUGUUCUCACCUUCCUGGGCAUAAUCAAAGGAAAUGAAAUUGAUUCUGGCUCUGUAACUCUGUAUUUGGCAUUCUCACUAGGUCUGUCUUAUUGGUAGUCUCGAUAGUUUGGUCAUAUGUUCCUUCUUACUGUUUCUGGGAGAAAUUAUUAGCAAUUUACCAAGCUGUUUGUAAACAAAGCGGUAAUCCUCUCUCUCAGCACAUUCGCUGCUCAUCUAUGGGUAGUUUUUGUGUUAUGAGUGAAGGUAUUUAUUUCAUGAGUUCUUUGUCAAAAAAAUUAUGGUUUUACUUUGGGUUGUUUUGAUACCAAUAAGUCCAAAAAAUAUCUAGAGAAUAGAUAAACUUAGGUUCUUAUCACAAAACUCAUUGAUGACGGUUUGAAUUCUUAGACUCACUAUCUGACUGUCAACCAUGCACUUGACACUUAGCUUUUGAGUCAUGGUUUUAAACAUUACUUCAAUAAUACUACUUUCAGUCAGUCAGCUACAAACGCAGGACUAGGCACAUAUAUGCAUCGAUUCAAGUUGCCACAGUUCAUUAGCACAACAAGAUGAACACCAAAUUUAUAGAAUCAGUUACUUCAAUGGCAGUAAUAUAUAAAAGAAAGAUUGUGUAUGAGGAUAUAAUACAGGAAGAAAGAAUCAGUUCGUAGAAAGAAAGGUAUAAAACAAUUUUAAUCUCACGGUUUAAGGGAAGGCAAGGAAUAUAUACACCUACACCAUUGUGAUCGAUCCUGAGCUAUGUCAUCCAGAGACUCCAACUAUUGGUUACGAUAGCCGCGCGGAUCCUAACCAAGUAGUCUGCAUCUGCUAACAUGGCUCAGACCAGAAGUUGGUAACUUUGUUGACUGAUGCUACAUUUUGGUUUGGCCGCUCCUAACUCUCUCCUAACGAUUGCCAAUACUAGUCAGCAUAACGCGUCGUGGUAAUUGGUGUUCAGGCAUAAGUAACACGUGGCUCAACCAUCUCAGUCGAUGAAGAUUCAUGACCUCAUUAAUUGAUUUACCAUCAUUCCCUAAUACUCUGUGUCUAACCUCACUAUUACUUCCCUGGUGAUCCCAGUAGAUGCAAGCAAUAAUUCUAAGGCAUCUGUGGUCAAGUACUCAUAGCUUACGAGUAUCCUCUACUCUUAAUGGCCAUGUUUCACAGCCGUGUUUUAAAAGAAUUCUUUAAAUUAAUCACUUCAUUCAAAUCAUUUAUCGGUAUACUUUGAUGUGUAAAUUAAUGAUACAAAGAUAAUGAAUUAUUCCUUGUUUAUUGUAUUCUAAGAAAUAUACACUACUGUAGUAUUAGCAGUAGAAUCAUUAUGUGAAGUAACAAAGUGAGUUAGUCAAUAAAAAUGAAUGAAUUCUCUAUUAAAUUCAAAAGAAUUAUAUUAAAUAUCAGUACCAAAAGAAACUGGGAUGGUUGAAACGAUGGAGAAAACUUAAAGUUUUUGUAAAUGUUUUUCAUAAUGCUGUCGUACUUUAGUUAGAUGAUCUGACUGUAGGGAUUCCAUUGUCAUUCUCGACAAUAUAUUUUGCUUCUACCUCAUGUAGAAUUAAGAUUUUCAGUUAUUCUCAAGUGUUAUGGUAGGGUGUUUUGAUUGCCUUGUUUGUGGUUGAUUGACUUCAUUUAACCUUGUAUUCAGAAUCCUUAUAAUGGUUUCUGAGAUGUUUUUUACAUAUCGAAGGACGAUCUGUUUCUUUCUCCGGGGUUGGUUUUUUGAUAUUUUAAUUCAUCACAGACCAUUUGAUGAAAUUGUCGGGGUAGCCAUUCUUACGAAAAACAAAAAGAGCGAGUUCCUUCAGUUUCUCGUGUGGUGAGAGUUCUGCAUCUGGUUGUUUUAUUUCGAAUUAUGCUUAGAUUCAACUUUUUUUGUAUACUGUUCAGUUGUUGUUGUUGUAUCUAAUAUUUCAUCCAUGUGAAUUGGUUUAUUAUUAUUAUUAUUAUUAUUAUUAUUAAUGGCUUUAUUCAAUAUUAGAAUCUGGUACAAUAUAGAAUUCUCAGCACGAGUUAUUUCAACAAGUUUUUUUUACCAAAAAACAAAACCAAGAAAAAAAACAAAAAAAAACAGAAAAGGAAUGAAAAAGGUUUAAGAAAAACUGAGUUUAUACAAAUUAUCAAAUUUGAAACAUGCUUAAGAAGACAGGUUAUUUACUAGGUCAAUUCUAACAGCCUGUUCGUCACAAAGUAAAUUUGCAAGGUAAGGUAUUACAGAACUUUUAUAGAUUUGCUUGCGUGCAUGGAUUUUAAUGUAUUUACUUCUCGUUCUACCAGAAGAUAUACAAGGAGAAAGAUAUGAAUGAAGCGGAUGGUUAGUAUCUGAUAAGAUAAAACCUGCCAAGAGUUUGCAAGACUUAAGAUGUCUAUCCACAAGCAUAUUAAUAAUGACUUCAAAAGAUUCACCACAUACCUUGAAAACCGCCUUCAGCACUCUACGCAAAACAGCAAAGUCUUUUCUCAAAAGCCCAGGAAAGAAUAAUGGAGAACAAUAUAGAAUAAUAGGUAAUAUGCAGGAAUUUACAAAUUGUAAGAGUAAAUGGCGAGUAAUCCCAAAAGCAUGCAGCCUCUUUAUGUAGUAUGUCAAACGGUAAACUUUUUUCGAUAACAGUAAAACAUGAGAAGACCAAUAAAGAUCAGAGGAAAAAAUGACACCAAGAUAUUUGACCUUCGACACUGUGUUUAUUAAGGAGUCUCCAAAGGCACAAGCAUUAUGUGAUCCCAACAUAGAGUAGGUUCUGUCCAUGUCUCAAGCUAAAGUUGACAGCUUGACAUUUAGAUGGAUUGAGUAAGAGACCAUUACCAACAGACCACCUUUCAAUACGAAAUAAAAACUCAUUCAUUUCUAUAG